UUUCAGCCUUUCAGUCUUUUUACGUGUCAGACUAGCGGUCCGUCCAGUUCCCUCCAGAGGUGAUGCUUUAACUUUAACGCUGGUGUAAUGUUAAAGGAAGGAAGGCGGAGACCUCAACGAAGAAGUUUUUCACUGUACUGGAGCCACCAGAUGUGCGACAAGUAGUUUUUUUUCUUAUUCCUCCUCCUCUCCGGUUCAGUUUUUUUGUCUUAUUUGCUGCUGCUGCUGCUGCUGCUACUGCUAAAUCCGACUGUUUGUGACCAAUGACUUCCUCUAUCUCAGCCUGGUUUUGGAGUGAGAGAUUUUGGCUUCCCGAAAAUGUUUCAUGGGCGGAUCUGGAGCAUCCGCCACCUGGAGAGCAGUACCCCCGGGUGGGACAGAUACUGUACGCCCUACCGCUGGCCGUCGGUGUCUUUCUCCUCAGACUGCUGUUUGAAAGGCUAGUGGCCAAGCCCUGUGCCCACAUACUUCAGAUUCAGGCGGGAGUACAGCGGCAAGCUCAACCCAAUGCUGUCCUGGAGAGGGUGUAUCAGUCCAAAACGUGCCCAGACACAAGGCAAGUCGAGGGACUUUCCAAACAGCUGGACUGGGAUGUACGGAAAAUACAGAGAUGGUUUCGCAUCCGUCGCAACCAAGACAAACCCAGUAUGCAGAAAAAGUUCUGUGAGAGCAUGUGGCGAUUCACAUUUUACCUGGGGAUUUUUAUCUAUGCCAUUCACCAUUUGUGGUCGUCACCCUGGAUGUGGGAAGUCAGACAGUGUUGGCACAAGUUUCCUCUUCAGCCACUGACUCCUGGACAAUACAAUCACUAUGUAGCUGAGCUGGCUUUCUAUUGGUCCCUGAUGUUUUCCCAGUUCAUAGACAUCAAGCGUAAGGAUUUCAUCAUCAUGCUUGUCCACCACCUGGCCACCAUAAUCCUCAUCACAUUCUCCUAUGCCAACAACAUGAUAAGAAUGGGUACUAUGGUCAUGUGUGUGCAUGAUGCAUCUGACAUCUUUCUUGAGGCAGCCAAGCUGGCUAACUAUGCCAAGUACCAGAGGCUAUGUGAUGGCCUGUUUGUGGUGUUCAGCAUAAGCUUUUUCAUCACUCGACUUGUCAUCUAUCCUUUCUGGAUUGUAUACAGUGUCUUGUUUGACAGCUGGGAGAUGGCUGGGCCAUACCAGGCCUGGUAUUUGUUCAACGGGUUGCUGUUGGUCCUGCAGGUUCUUCACAUCAUCUGGUUCUACCUCAUUGCUCGCAUUGCUAUCAAAGCCAUAUUCAAGGGAAAGGUGGCAAAAGAUGACCGCAGUGACAUCGAUAGCAGUUCGGACGAGGAGAUUAAUUCCAGUUGCAGUAAAAACCCCAGUCAGACCCUAAAACCAAAGGAUGGCAGUCACACCGGUAUCCUGAAUGGAGACAGUCAUGACCAUUGAGUAACGAGAGAGGAUAUUGUGUGGCUUGUCUUCACCUCCUUUUGUGCCUGUGAAACCCACUGUGUCACUUUGACCUCCUGAAGAGAAGUCAAUUUUUUUUUUUUUUUUUCACCUAUGAGGACUUGCUGAGUCCAAAUGGAGAAAGGACUGGAUCAUGUGUGGAUUAUGGACUUAGCACUGUCUUACUUUACUGUGUCAGGUUUACACUGUGUCAUGUUUACAUCUGCUUCACAAGAGGCAACAAAGAAAUGUUUUAUAACAAUUGUGCCUGCAGUCUACACCUCGCUGCGUGUGUGUGCUCUAAAAGUUAGAAACGGUGCAUAUACACACAAAUGCAAAAGUCAAAACACAUUUUAUACAUGUAAAUACAUUUUAUUACAGAUUGGUAAUAUAUUUUACAGGUGUAAAACAAAUCACUGCAUCUGCCUUACUGAAUUACUGCUUAUUCUCCUGUAAGCUUAGAAAUUCCAAAAUGCCAAAUGUCUCUUUAAAAUGCCAAAUAUAAAAGUUUCUUAAUAAAACAUGAUUGUAUCACGGUGAUGAAAAUUUAGGAUUUUUUAUUAUGUUAUGAAAGGUUGACUUUCUACUUAAAUGAAAGCAUUAAACACAUUUUGUGAUCGA